AUGGCCAAGAUGAAGAUCAUCUACCCCUUAUUCCUCCUCUUACCCUUCAUCUCCUCUACCCUCGCGGCACCUGUCGAGCCCGCCACGGGAAGCAGCGCAAUCGACACACAACAACAAGUAGCGCCGGCGUCGUGGCGGCUCGACUGCGGGUCACCCGGCACGACGGCGCUGUGCUCGGCCAGCAACAGCGGCGCGCACUGCGACCCGGUGUCGGGCGACCUGACCAUUAUUCUUGCCGGGACGUGCUCCGGAUGCAGGUGUGUUAGUGCGGAUCAGUGCUCUAGGGGGUGUGGGAUGGAGUAG